UCUGUCCACGUCCGACUCAAAGUUCAGGUCACGCAGUAAAGCUUCAGUGUCUCCUCUGAGAAGACCUGACUCCUGUUCGCACUGAGCCGUCUGAGCGACAGGAUGACACGCUGGGCCCUCGUCGUGCCCCUCCUGGUGGGCCUGUUGACUCUCAGAGCUGCAGGUCAGGAGGCUGGAAACCCAGAAGCCUCACCACCUCCAACGGGUCCUCCCUCGGAUGGCAGCACCCAGGCAGGGGAUGAGAGCGAGGACUGGGGGCUGAACUCCCUCAGGGGAGGCUUUGAGGCGGUCAGCGGCUACUUUGACUCCAUGCUGGAGUUCAUGGGUGGAAAAGAUGGAGUGUGCCAGUACCGCUGCAGACAUGGUAAAGCGCCUCUUCCUCGUCCAGGGUACAACAUGCCUGAGCCUGAUGGAUGCACCUCAUACUUCUUUGGCCUUCCUGUUCCAGACGGGAUGGAUGUGGGAAUCCCAGCGAUGACCAAGUGCUGCAAUCAGUUGGACACGUGUUACGACACCUGCGGCUCCAACAAGUACCGCUGCGACUCCAAAUUUCGUUGGUGUCUCCACAGCAUCUGCUCGGACCUCAAGAAGAGCCUCGGCUUCGUGUCCAAAGUUGAAGCGUGCGAGACAGUAGCCGACACCUUGUUCAACACAGUGUGGACUCUGGGCUGCAGACCGUACAUGAACAGCCAGAGAGCGGCCUGCUACUGCCCAGGAGAGGAGAAAGAUGAACUGUGAACCAGGAACAUGUUGCUAUUCCGCAAGAGCCACAGGGAAAGCAUGGAGAUGCAUCAUAUUUGAUGGUGUAGUGUGUUUAAUAUGCCCAUGACUGAGUAAUUUAUUUGAACCUUCUUGUCUUUGUUUUCCUAAAACUAAUUAUUCAGCAAAAUGUCAGUAUUGUUUUGAGCGCCAGGUGAGAUGACUUUAUUUCAACAUGAACUCUUGUGGAUCUGUGAAGAGCUUCCAUGUUAUAACCCAUAAAUAAGUGUUAAAUAUGUGCGUAAAAUAAAAAUGUAAAAAUUCA